AUGCUCAUCAAUUUUUGUACAUCUCAAUUUCAACCUAUUCUCGAAUGUCCUCAAAUGCAACUUGAUGGUUAUCAUGCUGAAAAUCUUGCUAAAGAUUUUUCACAAAAUAAUGGUUUUCUAAUUGAUCCAUUACAACGUCCACCAAUUGAUAUUUAUAUUCGAUUUCCUUUUAAUAUUGAUAUAAAAUACAUUUAUCUUAGUCCAUCAAUAGGACAUCAUCGUUCAACAUUAAUUGAAAUAAGUGUUAAUCAUCAAAUAAUCAAUGAAAAAACAUCAUGGUUAAUAAAUUCAAUAAAUAAAUCAAAUAUUCUUAAUAUUAAACAAUUAUCAUUUCAUCAAAUUAUUCAAAUUUUAAAUGAAGAUGAAACAACACAACGUAUUGAAAUAUAUGAUCAUGAUAAUGAUGAACAAUCAACUAAGAAUAUAAGAAAAUAUAAUUUUUCAUCAAAUUUACAUUUAAUUAAUUGUAGUACAAUUAAAAUUACGAUUAAACGUGCAUGGCGUUUAUCAUCAUGUGCUUUAAAAUAUCUUCAAAUUUGGGCUAGUUUAUCAAAUUCUAUUCCAAAUGAAUUAAAAACUAAACUUCAACAAAUUAUUUCACCUCGUUCAAAUGAAUUAUUAUCUACAAAUGAUAAAAAUUCUUCUCAAUUAUCAUCUAAUAUUGAUGAAAUUCCUUCUGAAUUUCUUGAUUCAUUAACAAAUGAUUUAAUGUUAAUACCAAUGUUAUUACCAAGUGGUAAUCUUAUUGAUCGAACAACAUUAGAAAAAUGUAUUAAUGAAGAUAUACGUUGGUGUCGUUUACCUCGAGAUCCAUUUACACUUGAAGCAUUUACUGAAAUAACACAACCAGUUGUUGCACAACAAUUAAAAAUUCGUAUUGAUCAUUUUUUAAGUGAACAUCAAAAUGAUCCAAAAUAUCAUAUGUUUAAAUUUAAUUUUAAUAUUGAUGAAAAUAGUAAUAAUGAUUAUUCGAAUACAAAAGAAGAUAAUAUUUGUUCAUCAAAUCAAGAAUUUGGUUAUUUCGAUAUAAAUGAUUUACAAAAUGAAACCAAUGAAGAUGAAGAAAAUAGUCGAAAAAAAUUCGAUUCAUAUAGAUCAGAUCUUGUACCGAAUAUAUAUGAAGGUGGUUUUAAAACUUGGGAAUGUUCACAUGAUUUAGUUGAUUAUUUAAAAUCUAUUAUUAAUAAUUUUCAAGAUAUAACAACAGUUUUAGAACUUGGUUGUGGUAGUGGUCUACCUGGAUUGGAAUUAAAUAAACAUAAACAAUUUCAUGUUGAUUUUCAAGAUUUUAAUCGUGAAGUAGUUGAACAAACAGGAAAACAAUUGAAAAAAUCAAAAGAAAAUUAUAAUAAUCGUAUGUUUUUUGGUGAUUGGAGUGAUUUAAUAAAUAUUAUACCAUCGAAAUAUUAUGAUAUUAUUCUUACUUCAGAAACAAUAUAUAAUAUUGGAAAUUAUGAAAAAUUAGUUAAAUUAUUCGAUCAUACUCUAAAAUCUCAAGGCAUUAUAUAUCUUGCAGCUAAAGUAUAUUAUUUCGGUGUUCAAGGUGGUAUACGUCAAUUUGAAGAAUUUAUUACUAAAAAUAGUUUAUUUACUACUCGAGUUAUUCGAGUUAUUGAUGCAAAUGUUAAACGUGAAAUUCUUGAAAUUAAACGUUCUAUUUGUUGA